AUGUCGGAUAUGGGGAACGGACUUGGGCCAGCUCAACCCACUACCCCCAGCUUUGACCUGGGACCUCUCGGAAGCUCAGCUUUGACAACCACAUGUCGUAAGCUUGUGUCUCUCGUCAAUACAGUAUCGGACGCCAAGCUUGCCCAUAAAAGCACCACCAUCAUGUCGAAGAGAUUUGACUGGCAAGAUGAGGCUAUGCGCCGCCUCCGCCAAGUGCAGUCCCGCAGCGGAUACGGCGGAAGACCUGGCGGCGGCCCGCCUCAAAUUCCUCGCGGUACGAAUGGUUUCUUGAUCGGGGGCAUUCUGCUUGCCAGUGGCGCGUGGGUGUUGUCGAAUUCGCUAUUCAACGUGGACGGCGGUCAUCGAGCGAUCAAGUACAGACGGAUAAGUGGCGUGAGCAAGGAGAUUUAUAACGAAGGAACUCACAUCAACAUUCCCUGGUUCGAAACACCCAUCGUCUACGACGUGCGAGCCAAGCCGCGAAACGUGGCCUCUUUAACUGGCACCAAGGACCUGCAAAUGGUCAACAUUACCUGCCGAGUCUUGUCCAGGCCGCAGGUCGAGGCUUUGCCGCAGAUUUACAGAACCCUCGGGGCCGAUUACGACGAGCGCGUGCUGCCUUCCAUUGUGAACGAGGUCCUGAAGAGCGUGGUGGCUCAGUUCAACGCCAGCCAGCUGAUUACGCAGCGAGAGAUGGUGGCGAGGCUUGUCAGAGAGAACCUGUCUCGCCGAGCUGCACGCUUCAACAUUCUGCUCGACGACGUGUCCCUUACGCACCUCGCCUUCUCGCCCGAAUUCACGGCUGCCGUCGAAUCCAAGCAAGUUGCUCAGCAGGAAGCGCAGAGGGCCGCCUUUAUCGUCGACAAGGCCCGUCAGGAGAAGCAGGCCAUGGUAGUCAAGGCACAGGGUGAGGCUCGCUCGGCCGAGCUCAUUGGCGAAGCUAUCAAGAAGAGCAAGUCCUACGUGGAGCUCAAGAAGAUUGAGAAUGCCCGUCUGAUUGCCCAGCAGCUGCAAGAGUCGGGCUCAAAGAACAGACUGAUGCUGGACGCAGAAGGGUUGGGCUUGAAUGUGUUUGAGGGCGGCGAGACGAAGUAA